AUGCCAUCCAAAGGCUUCCACAGGCAACUGACAUAUGUCAGAGCCCUUGGACACGUCCGUCUCUCCAUUCUGGACCUCUCUCCAGAGGCGCAGCAACCUUUUCACGAUCCUGAAGAUACUGUACAUGCUGUGGUCUGCGGCGAGUUCUACGAUUGGGAGGAGAUCCGCGCGGAUCUCAUCAAGGAAGGCUACAGUUUCGGAUCGAAUUGUGAUUCCGAGAUCUUGAUUGCACUUUACAAGGAGUAUGGCGUGUCGAUGAUGGAGUACAUCCGGGGCGAGUUUGCGUUCGUCCUGUACGACAGCAAAGCCGAGGUUGUUCUCGCGGCAAGAGACCGAUAUGGCGUAAAACCAUUGUUCUAUACAGUACAUGACGGACGCUUGUUGAUUGCGAGCGAGAUGAAGGCAUUCCUGGCCUUUGGAUGGCAGCCCGAGUGGGAUGUACAGAGUCUGUUAGAGUUUGCGUAUCUGACCGACACGCGGACGCUUUUCCAAAGCGUGCAGAGAAUCCAAGCAGGUCGUUACAUGACUGUUCAGUCAUUCAACACAGUUACCCAGACCGAGUACUGGGACAUCGAGUAUCCAGAAAAGCAUGAGCCCGAGACAAGGAACGAAAAAGAAAUGAUUGAAGGCGUGCGAGAGCGGCUACUUGACGCCGUCAGAGUUAGACUGAGAGCUGAUGUUCCCGUUGGAAUCUUCCCGUCUGGUGGCCUCGACAGCUCCACCGUAGCAGGCAUGAUAAAACACCUAAUGGUCGAGAAGGGUGUUCAUCUUGGUAACAAAGAAUCUGCAACCGCCAAUAUCAAUUGCUUUUCUAUAAAGUUUUUGGACGGUCCAGGUGACGAGUUCGACGAAGAGCCGAUUGCACAAAGAACCGCUGAAUGGCUAGGAGUCAAGAAGCACGUUGUCCGAAUGACGGAAGAGGAAUUCGUGAAGAACUACUCUGACGCCGCAUGGUUCUGCGAACAUCCGCUCAUCGACCUCAACUUCAUUGGAAAAGUCGCUCUAUCGCGACUCACACGGGAGAAUGGCGUCAAGGUGAUCCUCACAGGAGAAGGAGCAGAUGAACAGUUUGCUGGGUAUGGCCAGCUGCUUGCAGAUUUCUUGCGUGAACCAGAUCAGAGCUGGUCCUCGCGCAGCUUGCCUCGCUUGCCCGAUGACCUUCGAGUGAGAUUAUUGGAGGAGGAGGAAGAGCGAAGCAAAGGUGGAGACCAGAAGACGAUCAAAAACUUUCGCGCCGCUGAUCCACCAUCGGCGAUCUACGCAAAGAAGCAGAUCAACAAUGUCGGCAUCAUCUCUAUGACUGCAUUCAUGACCGCGGAGUCGCUGCUGUCACCUUGGGCCCAUCAAGAGUUUGGUAUCCAGGAUCCACGAGUUGUAGGAGUGCACAACCUCAUAUCAGGUACCGUGCGAAAGAAGAUACAGUUCAAGUGGCAAGUAUUGCCCGGGCAUACACUACACUCCGCGUUGUACAUCUGGCAGAAGAUGUUCCUACAAAAUGUCCUCUUGACUGCUUUAGGCGACCGGGUGGAGAUGGCCAACUCAAUUGAAGGCCGACAACCUUUCCUUGACCACAACUUGACAACGUACGUCAACAGUCUCCCACCCUCGGUGAAAUUCCGAUACGAUCCCGAGACGCAAUCGCUCAACGAAAAGUGGAUCCUCAAGGAAGCCGCUAAGCCUUUUAUCACCGAGGAACUGUACAAAAGAAGAAAGCACCCCUUCUCUGCGCCAGUCACCUACCCAGCCGACGGACCACUUCAUCGAUACAUCGGUUCUUUGAUGACGAAGGAGAACAUCGAGCAGCUCGGUUUUCUGGAAUGGGAGAAAUGCAAGACGCUGGUGGAAGAUGGAUUCGUACACAAGGACGCCGUCCAGAUGAGAAAAUUGUUUAUGGUCUCUCAACUGGUCGAGAUAAGUAGGCGUUUCGGGGUGAAGCGAGCCACACCGGAGUAUGCGGUUGAGGAGAAUCCACAAGACAUCCAGACAUUUGAAGAACCGCUGGUCAGGACCUCGAGCUGGAGUAGGCUAUAG